GGUGAUGAAAUCAGCAGGAGCGAUGGGAAGGACGGAGUUACGAAGAGAAAAACAUCUUGGUUUUACCGUGCUCUUAAAAGAAUAAGGCUGCAACUGCGAUAAUUAUGAAAUGUGAGCACAGGAGUAAUGUGGUAAUCAGCACGAGGUGUUGAAGCAGAACAGGAGUUGACAGGACAGCCAGUAGAAGGGAGGGUCCCAGGUCGCUGGCGAUGCUCAGCCCUCCUUCCACUAACUGCGUACUUAGCACACGUGCACGCCUCCAAUUACCACCAUUGAGAGGUCAUUAAAAACUCAAUCGGUGGCACACGUGAAAGGAAUAAAGGAAGAUGACAAGUUCACAGAUGGCCACUGGUUUGAACGGAAUCACACCUCUCCAGCAAAUGACGGCAUCAUGUUCUGGUGCAUUUCUGACGUCGUUAAUUGUUACUCCAUUUGAUGUUGUGAAAAUACGACUACAAGCACAAAGGACUCCAUUUUUUAAAGGUAAAUGUUUUCUGUACUGCAAUGGCCUGAUGGACCAUUUGUGUGUCUGUGAGAAUGGAAGUACUAGUGCUUGGUAUAAAGCUCCUGGACAAUUUAGAGGAACAUUGGAUGCAUUUAUUCAAAUUGUUCGUAAUGAGGGUCUAAAGUCACUCUGGAGUGGACUCCCUCCAACAUUAAUAAUGGCCGUGCCUGCUACUGUUAUUUAUUUCACUUGCUAUGAUCAGUUGCGGAAUUUCAUGAAUUACCGUCUAGGAUAUGAUGGCAACUAUGUUCCAUUGAUAGCCGGGGCCUCUGCUCGAGUGGGUGCAGUUACUGUCAUAAGCCCUCUGGAACUAAUCAGGACGAAGAGCCAGUCUCGUAGGCUGAGUUACAGAGAAUUGAAGUAUGUUAUUCAGACUUCAGUAGCACAGAGUGGUUGGCUGUCUCUCUGGAGAGGCUGGGGUCCCACAGUGCUUCGAGAUGUGCCAUUCUCAGCCAUUUACUGGUUUAACUAUGAACUGAUGAAGAAACAGUUAUGCAAGAAGUACAAUAUCAGUGAACCUACGUUAGCGAUCAGUUUUUCCUCAGGAGCAUCAUCAGGCGCAAUUGCAGCUGUAUUGACUUUACCAUUUGAUGUUGUGAAAACCCAGAGACAGAUUGAAAUUGGAGAGUUGGACAUAAUGAACUCUCAAAAUAAAUUAUCCUCCACCUGGAAAAUAAUGAAAAAAAUUGUUAGUCAAUCUGGAUUUGGAGGUUUAUUUGUAGGUUUGUUGCCUCGAUUAAUGAAGGUAGCACCGGCUUGUGCGAUUAUGAUCAGUUCCUACGAAUAUGGAAAAUCCUUUUUUCGUAAAAUCAACAAAGAGCGGGAGAGAAAAAAGGCUACAAGUCAGGCGCUGGCUGAGAAAGUACAUACAGGUUGAGCCUGAGGAAGAAAGUAAUCAUGACAACAACUUUCUUGCCAAAAGUUACGGACAAAAAAAACUUCAAACAUGGCCUACCCAUGAUUACAGAGGUGAACCCUUGGAACAUUAAACUACUUGUGAAUGGACACUAAUAGUAUCAGUGAAAUAUAUUUACAAGUUCAUUUUCCAGUGCUUAACGUUGCUGAAAUCUGUGCCUCAAAGUUAAUGUGUUUUACUGUGUCUGGUUAUAAUAAUAUGAAAGCUAUGUGAAAUAGUCUUAUUAAGAUUGUGAAAAUGGUAGGAUUUUACCUACAAAACUAGAUGGUAAAGAAAAGUUGUAUCACAUUUGAUGUCUGGAACGCAGCUGUAGAAAAUGAAAGUGCAAUACCAAUUUAGAAAGCAGUGAAACUCAAAACAUUUUGCAAAGUAUAUCAGCUAACUAUUAUGGAAACCUUAACUAGCCACAAGCAUAGCAAUGUUGCCUUUGUUUUACACCUUAAAAAUAAUCCCACUAAAAGAUUUAUAACGACAAAAUCUCUGCCAGUGCAGUUAAUAAACACAAAAUGGACUGGUCAGGUAGUUGUGGGUAUAUUUUAUCUGAACACUCAAUUUAUUGUAAUGAAGAUUAUUUCCUGAAAAUAGAGUUGAGUAAAUCUUAAAUUUGUGAAAUUGUGCAAUUUUUUUUCUCAUUUUAGAUGUAAAAUAAACAAACAAUGCACAUACUAUCACCAGACCUUUUGAUUUGAUUAAUGUCUUGUGUAAAG